ACUCUCACAUUGUGUAACGGACAUAGAAAAGCAUAAUAGCAAAUAGAAAGGCAAGAAGCUAAGAUGUCAAAGACAAAUAAUGUUCUGUUGGGAUUCCCGACAAGUCCUUUUUGCGCGAGAGUGAAGCUUGCCUUGGCGGAGAAAGGUGUGGAUUAUGAGGAAAGGGAGGAGGAUUUGUUUGGGGGAAAGAGUGAGCUUCUCCUGAAAUCCAAUCCAAUUCAUCAGAAGGUUCCAGUGUUCUUGCAUGAUGGCAAGCCUUUGCUAGAGUCUUCCAUCAUUGUCAGCUACCUUGAUGAGGUUUUUACUUCCAAUCCACUACUUCCAACUUGUUCAUAUGAACGUGCCCAAGCAAGAUUCUGGACUGACUUCAUUGACAAAAAGGUGUUUGAGAGCAUGAAGGGUAUCUGGCUAAGCAAGGGAGGAGAAGAACAAGAAGUUGCGAAGAAGGAUUUCAUUGAGAUCCUAAAGCAACUAGAGGAAGCUCUUGAGGAGAAGGACUUCUUUGGUGGUGAUUCCUUUGGGUAUGUUGAUGUGAUUGCAAUCCCUCUCACAACAUGGUUCUUGGCAUGUGAAAAAUUUGGUGGCUUCAAAGUUGAAGACCACUGUCCCAAGAUUACAGCAUGGAUUAAGAGGUGCUUUCAGAGGCCAACUGUGGUCAAAUCACUCCCACACCCAGAAAAUGUCUACCAGUUUACGACACAGUUCAGGCAGAUGCAUGGCCUUUGAAUAUGGACGAAACCUUAACUCGUAUGCAUCAGUCAGUUCUCACUGACCAGAGACUAGAAAAUAAUACACAGACUCACAUGUGCAGUUUUCUUUGUAUGAAAUUAAUAAUUGGGAAUUUUUAAAUGAUUUGACUAAAUUAUCAUUUAACAAUUCUUAAUUGAUAAGUUCAGAUAAAAUCAAUUGUCUGUGAGCUUUUAUCAAAAAAUAAUUGAGAUUUUGUUAUAAUAUUAGUUAAAAAGUAUUGUCAGAUUUUUUAAAUUCCCUCUUUUUGUGAUUCCUGAACCAGUGCAGUUAGCAAAAUCCUGCUAAGAAUAAUCAGUUAGGAUUUGGAUCCUCUAAAUUUUGAAUUUCACUUUAGAGAGUUUCUCAUAAUUUAUUUUAUAAGUGGGACAAAAAAAACAUGAGAGAAAAAUUAUUAAAGAAUGAG